AUGCAUUCCGUGUUGUAUUUUAUGGGAUUAAGUGCAUUUUUUGGUAUCAUCAAUACUAAAAAAGUGUCACCCCUGCCAAGCCUUAAAUCCUUUAGAGACGACUAUGACAGUGUAGCUAAGACAGGUGUGGCUGUUGGUUAUGUGAAAGACCAUUGUAAAAACAACCAGGACAUAAGAAACUCGAUUAUAGCGUUCGAGGCUAGAGCCAAAGGAAGUGCUCAGACAGUAAGACAGGGGAACAUAGUUAAAUUUGGAGAAGUGGAUCUGACUAUGGGAGGCAGCUACAACGCAGUUAAAGGGAUUUUCAUCGCUCCAAAAUCGGGGGUUUACAUCUUUGGUUGGACGACACUUACGCCAAAUGGUAGAUACGCUUAUACAUCUCUAGUCUUGAAUGGUAGAAGAAAGGCUUACAAUUAUUGUCACAAUAACAAUCACUCUAUCACAAUGUCAUGUAGUAGAAUGGCUGUAGUAAGACUGACAGCUGGAGAUAAGACUUGGAUUGACACUUUUGAUGGAACAGCAACUGUUGAACCGAAAUGUUCUUCCUUCUCUGGUUUCAUGUUGUAA